AUGCUUCUGUCUGAUGCUCCGAAAACGGACGUUAGAGGCAACCGAAACAUCACCGCAUGUCAUGCUAGUUAAAACAACACUUGGCAGCAGACAUGAAUACUUUGGAGCGAAAGUUGGACAAACGUUCGAAGAAAGAUUCCGAAGACGCCAUUGUGGGAAAGAGAAUCCGUGUUGCCAAACGUCUGUGGGAGGAUGAGGAUGAGGAUGACCCCCCUACUGCCGUGGCCACAGUCAGUGGAACCAAAGCUGCCAUUCACAAUCAAGGGGCGGAAAUCCUAGCUUCCUUGGAAGAACAAGCAGAAAAUAGUGACAACGAGCUCUCACUUGUACGUCAAGAAUUGCUUGAAAUAAAAAAAUUCAUCUUCACAGAGAUACCUCAGAUAAAAGAAAUGCUCAAUAGCUCCAUGCACCUCGGCAGUCCAGGGUCUCUCCCCAGCCCUUCAAACCCUGUUCAAAUAGAAGAAAUUGUCCCGGGUUCAGGUGUUUACGUACCGCGAAGUGUGUGGCGCUCUGCUUGCCAGGCAUCCAGUGGGACUUCAAUGGCAAGGAUUUUGCUGCUUGGGGUGUUUGACAUUGAAACACUCGUCAAAAGUAAUUUGAGAGGAGGGGAAUCCAAGGUUUCAAAGGGGGGAGAUGGGGAGAGAAGAAGCGGCCUGGAUGAAAUAAAAGUAAAAGCUAUAAUGGAUGCAGUUAUGUCAAAGCACUCGGCUGUUUCGACUGGCCAGAUCGGAACAGCCCUGAAUGGGAAGAUGGCAGAACUAAGACUGGCAAUGUUCAGGAAAAAUGUUACUUAAAAAUUUGUUAAAAUGAGAAAUGUGUUUCCCCAGUGAGUGAGUUUAGAAAUGUUUGAAAUGUUUGAAAAUGUAAUACUGAGGGAAAAAGGUGAGCACUUUGAAAAGGUUUUAAAAAGAAAAUAAAGUCUAAAGUUAAAUGAAGUAAAGUUUUUACUUGAA